AUGAUCGAACCAUCCCAGAAUAUAACUCCCCCUGUCCAAUGGGGGACCUUCUUCCGUCAAUGUUUGAUGCAUCGAAUCGAUGUCAACGAGUUCAGAGAUCUGUCGAAACUGCUGUUCCAAAAAUGCCCAAUUGCAGAGAACGCACUUCUUGAUGCCCUGCUACAGACUCGGUCCCAGUCCAGGAUCAAGUGGGAUCCACUACUCCCGCUCUACAUAGACUGCCUGUGCCGAACGGGCAGAGUCAGAACGUCCACUGUGUUGACCUCUCUUCUGAAAUACUCGUCUAUACAUGAAUCGCCUACGUCAGAGGGCAGAGACGGUUCCAAAUGCUAUACUCUGAUGACUGAUAUUCGAGUCAUCCAGGAUGCCAUGCUUUCUGUACCAACGGGAAGUGCUCCCAAAACUAACGCAGAAGCUCUCGCAAUUUUCUUUUCUAUUAUUGACUGGAUCCAUGCGGUCGUUGCAUGGCACAACAGUCAUUUCGAUCCAGGUCAGCACCCGAGUGGGAUGAUGAGUUCGCCGGAUGUGGUGUCGCUGUUCGAAUCGUUGGGCAUCCUCCUCGCUGCUUUGUCAGGAACUGGGAAGGGAUUGGAGGUCCUUUCAGCUGAUUCCCAUGAAGGGUUAAAGGUCAAGCUGGGCCAAGCUCUCUCGGCAUAUCUCCCCCUUUGCGUUGAGGUGUCGUUACCUCUGCGUAACAGGUUGGAUGGACUUCAAAAGGAAUUCAAUUUGUACGGGGAACGAGCGCCAAAGUCCUUGGAUGUUCCAAUGAUGGAGAAUAUGAAUGUCAAUGCUCUGCAAUUUGAGGCGUCCGUCAUGGACGGGCCGGUCAUCAACUCGAGAGCAGGUCUCUACGUCUAUAUCAAUGCAAUGCUCGUGGGCCGGCCCCUCGUGGAUGAUAAUAUGCUGAUCAACUACCUUGCGAAUCGAUACGGAGGACACUACGAAGCUCUCAUUGAGGAAAUCCUCACCGCUGCUUUUGACGUCCUGUCAAACGGCAUGUAUCGUAAUGAAUCCAGUCGGACGAUGUUCGUCUUUCGUUCGUUCUUGGUCAACAAGCUCCCCGCGUUUUUUGCAGCCAUGCUGGCGGCGACCAUGGUCUCCAUUCCAAUGGAAAUGUGCAUCAGCCAUGCUUUGAGCCGGCUUGACCCCAAUACCUUCCCGUCAUUCUCGCAGAUGUUCGAAAUGCAGGGCAACACGGUCCUGUCCGACGUGCGCCAGGAGUUUCUGUUCGCCUGUGCCUCGCACAAACUGAUACCUGAAUCCAGCAUAGAACGAUUGUUGGGUGAGAAUCCCAUGCAAACCCUUCCUGUGGGAUACAACAAGGACGAACUGGUGUCGCAGAUUAACGCCAAUCCUGAGCGUGCGGAGCAGUUGAUCAACGAGAUCGAGUCUAUGGAGGGAAAUGCGGGAGCGAUCGUUGGUGCAAUCACAGAGGUCAUGCAUAAUCUCUGCAGCCAAAAAGAGACCAUGACACUGAAGAACAUUUGCAAUUCGCUGUCUCGACGGCCUCAGGCGCUGGACGUGGUUUUGCUUUUCCGAACCUCAAAGCAGGUUCUGCAGCCGCUCUGCGCUUUACUGGACUCCUGGCACUGGGACGAAGAUCAGGGCGAGAAUCAACCGGUGUACGAUGAGUUUGGAAGCAUUCUACUGCUGGUGCUGGCCUUCAGGUACCGGUUUGACCUGCGACCGGCUGAUCUUGGGAUCUCGAGUAAUGAUUCCUUUGUUCUGAAGUUGCUCGAGCGAGGAUCCUGCAGCCAGAAACUCGAUGCUCUCGAUGAGAAACAGAACAAGAACCUGGGCUCCUGGAUUGCGGCUCUGUUCAUCGCCGAAGGUAUCAGCGAGGAGACCAUGUCGGCUUGCAGUCCACAGGAGUUUUAUCUGCUUGUGGCUACACUGUUCAGCCAGAGCUUGGAGGCAUGUGAGACAGGAAAGCUCGAGUUUGAUACUUUGAAAGGGGGCUUUGAAU